AGAACCUACAGUGGGACACACUUACAUGUAGGGGUGUGAAAGAGCGCGCGGCGAUAGAAAGUGCAGACUAAAGUUUUCAGUGAAGCCGAACGUUGCAGACGUUUUUCCAUAACUCACGUGCAGAAAUAGCUAAGCAUAAAAAGAGAAAGGAGAGAAAAGGGCACCUGAGGAGAUCCAUGAUGGAAUGGAAUGAGCAGACUGUGCAGACAAGUACAGAGGACAGUGUAGCAAAGGAGAAGGAGGAAUGUAAGACAGUGGGAGACAUGGGAGAACCAAAGGAAGUGGAAGUCAGCUAUGAGACGGUGGUGGAGGAAGUGCAGUCGGGUUCAGAGGGAGAGCAGCAGCAGGUGCAGAGUGUACAGACAAGUAAAGAGGACAGUGUUCCAAAUGAGAGGGAGGAAUGUAAGACAGUGGGAGACAUGGGAGAACCAAAGGAAGUGGAAGUCAGCUACGAGUCGGUGGAGGAGGAAGUGCAGUCGGGUUCAGAGGGAGAGCAGCAGCAGGUGCAGAGUGUGCAGACAAGUACAGAGGACAGUGUACCAAAGGAGAAGGAGGAAUGUAAGACAGUGGGAGACAUGGGAGAACCAAAGACAGUGGAAGUCAGCUACGAGUCGGUGAUGGAGGAAGUGCAGUCGGGUUCAGAGGGAGAGCAGCAGCAGGUGCAGAGUGUGCAGACAAGUACAGAGGACAGUGUUCCAAAUGAGAGGGAGGAAUGUAAGACAGUGGGAGACAUGGGAGAACCAAAGGAAGUGGAAGUCAGCUACGAGUUGUUGAUGGAGGAAGUGCAGUCGGGUUCAGAGGGAGAGCAGCAGCAGGUGCAGAGUGUGCAGACAAGUACAGAGGACAGUGUACCAAAGGAGGGGGCGGAAUGUAAGACAGUGGGAGACAUGGGAGAACCAAAGGAGGUGGAAGUCAGCUACGAGUCGGUGGAGGAGGAAGUGCAGUCGGGUUCAGAGAGAGAGCAGCAGCAGGUGCAGAGUGUGCAGACAAGUACAGAGGACAGUGUACCAAAGGAGAAGGAGGAAUGUAAGACAGUGGGAGACAUGGGAGAACCAAAGACAGUGGAAGUCAGCUACGAGUCGUUGAUGGAGGAAAUGCAGUCGGGUUCAGAGGGAGAGCAGGUGCAGAGUGUGCAGACAAGUACAGAGGACAGUGUACCAAAGGAGAGGGAGGAAUGUAAGACAGUGGGAGACAUGGGAGAACCAAAGGAAGUGGAAGUCAGCUAUGAGUCGUUGAUGGAGGAAGUGCAGUCGGGGUCAGAGGGAGAGCAGCAGCAGGUGCAGAGUGUGCAGACAAGUACAGAGGACAGUGUACCAAAGGAGAGGGAGGAAUGUAAGACAGUGGGGGACAUGGGAGAACCAAAGGAAGUGGAAGUCAGCUACGAGUCGGUGGAGGAGGAAGUGGAGUCGGGUUCAGAGGGAGAGCAGGUGCAGAGUGUGCAGACAAGUACAGAGGACAGUGUACCAAAGGAGAGGGAGGAAUGUAAGACAGUGGGAGAAAUGGGAGAACCAAAGGAAGUGGAAGUCAGCUACGAGUCGGUGGAGGAGGAAGUGGAGUCGGGUUCAGAGGGAGAGCAGGUGCAGAGUGUGCAGACAAGUACAGAGGACAGUGUACCAAAGGAGAGGGAGGAAUGUAAGACAGUGGGAGAAAUGGGAGAACCAAAGGAAGUGGAAGUCAGCUACGAGUCGGUGGAGGAGGAAGUGCAGUCGGGUUCAGAGGGAGAGCAGGUGCAGAGUGUGCAGACAAGUACAGAGGACAGUGUACCAAAGGAGAGGGAGGAAUGUAAGACAGUGGGAGAAAUGGGAGAACCAAAGGAAGUGGAAGUCAGCUACGAGUCGUUGAUGGAGGAAGUGCAGUCGGGGUCAGAGGGAGAGCAGUUGCAGCGUGUGCAGACAAGUACAGAGGACAGUGUACCAAAGGAGAGCGAGGAAUGUAAGACAGUGGGAGAAAUGGGAGAACCAAAGGAAGUGGAAGUCAGCUACGAGUCGUUGAUGGAGGAAGUGCAGUCGGGGUCAGAGGGAGAGCAGGUGCAGAGUGUGCAGACAAGUACAGAGGACAGUGUACCAAAGGAGAGCGAGGAAUGUAAGACAGUGGGAGACAUGGGAGAACCAAAGGAAGUGGAAAUCAGCUACGAGUCGGUGGAGGAGGAAGUGCAGUCGGGUUCAGAGGGAGAGCAGCAGCAGGUGCAGAGUGUGCAGACAAGUACAGAGGACAGUGUACCAAAGGAGAGGGAGGAAUGUAAGACAGUGGGAGAAAUGGGAGAACCAAAGGAAGUGGAAGUCAGCUACGAGUCGUUGAUGGAGGAAGUGCAGUCGGGUUCAGAGGGAGAGCAGGUGCAGUGUGUGCAGACAAGUACAGAGGACAGUGUACAAAAGGAGAGGGAGGAAUGUAAGACAGUGGGAGACAUGGGAGAACCAAAGGAAGUGGAAGUCAGCUACGAGUCGUUGAUGGAGGAAGUGCAGUCGGGUUCAGAGGGAGAGCAGGUGCAGUGUGUGCAGACAAGUACAGAGGACAGUGUACAAAAGGAGAGGGAGGAAUGUAAGACAGUGGGAGACAUGGGAGAACCAAAGGAAGUGGAAGUCAGCUACGAGUCGGUGAUGGAGGAAGUGCAGUCGGGUUCAGAGGGAGAGCAGCAGCAGGUGCAGAGUGUGCAGAGAAGUACAGAGGACAGUGUUCCAAAGGAGAAGGAGGAAUGUAAGACAGUGGGAGAAAUGGGAGAACCAAAGGAAGUGGAAGUCAGCUAUGAGUCGGUGGAGGAGGAAGUGCAGUCGGGUUCAGAGGGAGAGCAGCAGCAGGUGCAGAGUGUGCAGACAAGUACAGAGGACAGUGUACCAAAGGAGGGGGCGGAAUGUAAGACAGUGGGAGACAUGGGAGAACCAAAGACAGUGGAAGUCAGCUGCGAGUCGGUGAUGGAGGAAGUGCAGUCGGGUUCAGAGGGAGAGCAGCAGCAGGUGCAGAGUGUGCAGACAAGUACAGAGGACAAUGUAGCAAAGGAGAGGGAGGAAUGUGAAUCAGUGGGAGGCAUGGGAGAACCAAAGAAAGUGGAAGUCAGUCGGUGGUGGAGGUGGUGGAGGAAGUCAGUGGGUAGUGGUAGUGGUGGUGGAGGAAGUCAGUCGGUGGUGGAGUCGGUGGUGGAGUCGGUGGUGGAGGAAGUGCAGUCAGGUACAGAGGGAGAGCACCAGCGGGCCGAGCCGGAGGACGAGGGGAACGAAUGCACUAAACCGGACAGAGAAAAAGCAGAGAUUGAGGAGAAGCUUCUGGAGAAAGACAGCAUGCUGAAAAAACUGCAAGAGGAAAAGGAAGAGAUGGCCAAAAAGAUAAAAGAGCUUGAGAAGAACAGAGAGAAACUCGAGGAGAUCAUAUGGAAGAAAGAUCAUAGAGCUGCAGCAGAUUUUCAGAAGGAACGGGAGGGGAAAGAUAGCGCUCAUCUGACGCUCUUGGAGGAUUUAAUGAGGAGGGUUAUGAAUCUGGAAAAAGCCAAAGCCCAGAGAAGUGAGGAGAGAGAGAGAGAGAGAACAGACAAUACCGACAAGUCUGUGGUGAAGGAGGGGCAUACGGAAGCCGGGUUUACUAGAAUCAGAGAGCAGCAGGAUAGAGAGGAGGCUGAGCUGGAGAAGGUGAGGAAGAAACGUGUUGAAAUAGAGAGAGAAAAACAAGAGAUGGUGGCUUACUGGAGAGAGCAGCACAGGACGUGGUCUUGGCAUCCGCAAGAGAAAAACACCACAAUGAAAAGAACACAAAAGAGAAAGAAAAAGAUAGUCAAGAAGAUACAACUGCUUGAGGAGAUAAGCGAGAGACAACAUCUCAAGCAGAUGGACUUGAUGAAUCUGCUAGAAGAAACGGAGAAAGAGUUUAAGAAGGAGCUGGAGGAGAAAGAAAGAGCUCAACUUGCUGUCACUGAGCAGUUACUGGCCAAGAUAGAGUAUCUGAAUCAAAGCCAGGCUCAGAUAGAAGAGGAGAGAGAGCAGCUCCAGACAGAGCUGCAGCUGAGAGAGAUAGAGGCUAGAGAAGCUGAGAUGGAAAGUCUGCCUGAUGUUAAGAUGGGUGCAGAAAUGCAGACUGAAGAAGUGCAGGAGGACCAAGACAACCCGAAGAUGCAAGAGGCGGAGGACAGGAACGUUGAGCUUCUGCAAUACAUCAGUCAGCUACAGGCUUACAACGCGCACUUUGCAGAACGAGUACAGAUAGCAGAGGUGAGGAGAGAUAUCUUGGAGAAAGAUCAAGAGAGCUGGAAGAGAGAGAGAGAGAACUGGAAGAAAGAGAGAGCAUGCUGGGAGGAAGCAUCAGAAAGAUGGAAGGAAGAGAGAAGCACCUUAAUGAAAGAGAUUGAUGGCUUAAAGAAAGAGAGGGUGACCUGGGAGACAGAGAGAGAGAUGUGGGAGAGAGAGAGAAUAAUCUGGGAGAAAUUGACAGGGAACACAGAGAAAGAGCGUGGGAGCAAAAAGAGGAAAAAGUGAGAAAAAAAGCAUACUUGGUUUUAUAAGGAGAGCAGUGGCAGCAGGAGAAAGAAAUAUCCAUCCAUUCAUCCAUCCAUCUUCUACCGCUUACUCCUUUUCAGGGUCACGGGGAACCUGGAGCCUAUCCCAGGGAGCAUCGGGCACAAGGCGGGGUACACCCUGGACAGGGUGCCAGAGAAAGAAAUAUCACGUAGUAUAAAUAAAAGAUCAUUUUCUCCUUGUUUAAUUAUAAAGUUUUAAUAAAGUUCUUCUGCAUCA